AUGUUCCUACUUACGCUGCUAGCGAUUGAGGGGGCGGUUGGGAUGGAGAUAUGCGAAUAUUGGAAUCUGCAAAAUCGUCUUCAUGAACAUCCGGAAUGUAUGGAGGUUAUUCCGAAAGAAGCAUUGGCUUCACCCCACGAUCCAAUACCGUUAAAGGAAUUUACCCGAAAGUCGCAUCGUCCCGCAAAAAAAUUGGAACUUCGAGGUGCUUGUGUGGAAAAAGAGGUAUGGGCCUGUCGUGACUGUGAACCGACGUGUAAUAACCAAGCGCCGCUUUGCGAUCGGACGCAAUGCCUGAAGGGAUGUGUAUGCCGGAUGGGACUUGUCCGCGAUGCCCGUGGCCAAUGCUGUUAUCACGAAACUUCGCUCCUGGCUGCCGAUGGUGAACAACGUCUGGAAGGAGCUGAUGAAUCGGAGCUUUUUCUGAGCAGCUGUAUCGCGCUUCUACGGCACCCCGACGCUUUCCGUCGAAUUCAAGCAUUUUCAGCAACUCCAAACGAAGGAAUCGAAGCAAUC